AUGGUCGACGCGAUUGACGAUCCCAUUGACUAUCUUGGUGAAAUCGCCUUCGAACGACUUUAUGUUAUAGAAGCUGUGCGUGAAAGUCUGUGUAGAUUUCAAUUCUCGAAAAGAAUAGUGCAACAUGAUACACACACGAGUACCCGGCAUGGAACGUACAGAAAAGGCAAGUGAGGAGGGCCUACAUGAAUGAUGUUAAGAUAUUUUUUAAGCUUACCUCUCUGGCGAUUUUUCUGCUAAGGUUUUACUGAUUAAGCUUACAAUUCGAUUUUUCGAUUUGAGGAGAAAAAAAAAAGUGCUACUAUACAUAUGAUCUGAUAAUAAUUUCUGCGUAAGCUAUCCGUCGUGGCUUUGUCAAGCCUCCGUGUAAUCGUGUACCAACUUAACAGAGAGGGGAUUAUGUACGUGUAGCUAGGAUAACAAAAAUGUAUGUUUUAAUAAGAGACAUCAUUGUCUAAAGAAAAUUACCAACGGUAUGCAAAGACAUGUGUAAUAUAUGGAUAUGGAUAUUCGGUUAAUAGGUUGCUUGACUUAAGUCAGGGUUCUGUGUAUGAAUGUGCAGAGCUUAAUAUGGAAUUUGUUGACAGUGAGCUGCAGUGAACUCGAGCGUACUCUUUAAGCAAUCAUCAGACUAGUUUUGACUGGGCGAUCACAGUUCAUUUAUUUUGUGAGAAUUUAACUUCCGUAACAAAUGGAGCAAAGAACGUGUUCUUUGGGUACAUUUUGCGACAUGUGGGAUCCACUUACUCAGCAGGUCUAUAUUGUGGUUUCGUCAAUGCAGAGUUUCUUAAAUAGGCAUUCAUUGUACGUUGCAGUAGGCCGGUUUUUUUUUUUUUUUUUGCCCUCUUCAUGAUUUUCCAUUUGAGAUCAUUUUCAAAAAUGUUGAAAGUUGUAGAUUUUUAUGUAAUAUUUAAACCUUUUCUUUCACUAUUAAAAGGGUGUUGACAUUGCUAAUUGUAGGGGCACUUUUUGCUAAAGAAGAGAGGCGAGGUGGCCUCACAGUAGGCUUGCUGGACUCUUGGUGAAGACCUGACCAGAUCAUUUUCUUAUGUUCAUGGCAAGACAUCUAAUUCUAACAGUGCCUCUUUGAUGCAAGAGUGUAAAUGGGUAGGGGCAAACUGUCUGGGAGACUUGAUUAAGUGUUUUGGGGUAAUUCCAAUAAACUACAUCCCAUUCAGAGGGAGUGGCAAUACUCUUAGUUCGUAUUUCAUCUAGAAACUGGGAUAAGCACCACUUGGCUAGGUGGCAGACUCGACCAUAACCUUGAUUUUGCUAAAAGAAUAACAACAUUUCAGGUCAAAAUAUUUUGCCUUCAUAACAGCUUCUUUUGGUGAUAGAAGGAACCCUGUGCCAUUUGAGUUUUGCAUUGCCAUUUUUGGCAUGAUUACCCCCAUGAAAAAUGGGAAGCAAUACUAUCUUCAAAUAUCUUUCUUCUUAGUUUCACUAUUGCCAGAUAACUAAAGGUUUGUCUGUCAACAAAAAAGGUGCCUUUCAGGAAUAUUAUCUUAAGCCCACUUCUUUAAAAGAAACUAUGGAAAAAUAUAUAUCAUUGUAAACCUUAUAACAUAUAGAUUAUGAGAAGAACAAAGUUUCAACAGUUGUUGUUUUGGUAAGCAUGUGUGAGCCUUUAAACACUUAUCAAUAAAGGGCAAAAUUACUGAGCGCUGAUUGGUUGAGAGAGAGGGCAUUUUUUCUUAAUCGAGGGCAUUUUUAGUUAUCAAGAGAGGGCAUGAUUACCUUGUUCAGUUAAAAGCACUUUGUUGUUUUUCUGUUGGCAGAAACGCUCUGUUGAAAUGAGCUUUGUUUUCUAGACUUUUGGCAGUGUAUCACGACACAGUUUUGGAGAAUAAAAUUUCAUUGAAUCGAUUGGUCAGUUCAAUUUGAUUGAUGAUUUGCCGUAGCGCUAAACAGGCUUAAUUCCCAGAUAAAAAUAGACUGCGCACGUGAUUUUCCUUCGUAUAAAUUUUGCCCUUUAUUGAUAAACAAGUAAUCCCAUGAGACCUCGUACUAUUAAGGAUUAAUUGCACUUGAGUUUUCAAAAUUUUCCAAAUUGCCCUCGUCGCUUCGCAACUCGGGCAAUUUUGGAAGAUUUUGAAAACUCUCGUGCAAUUAAUCCUUAAUAGUACUUGUCCUCAUGUGAUUACAUAUACAAAACUGAUGCUUUAUGCAUACUGAAUUACCAGCCUUUGCAUUACCAAACUGGGCUGUGUCAGAUGAUAAGCUAACCUAAUGUGUGAGGCUUUUUUCAUAUUUCUAUUGGUUCCUUAGAAAAUUUAUUUAAAGUUGGACAAUAGAAAUUAUUACACUUGUGGACAAAUACAUUGAAAUACAUAAACUACCCUUCAGUGGGAUAAUAUCUGAUGGAUAUUCUGGUAAAGUUACAUUAAAAUCAGACAAAUCUAUUUACCCUACUGAUUUGUUUUAAUGGAGGUAACUUGCUUAAAAACAAGCCUCAAAUUUUUUGCCCUCCAGAGAAGUUUACAUCAUUUUAGGGCAUCAAUGCAGGAAUAUCACCAACCAUUGAAAUGCAACAGAGAACCUCUUGGCAAGUUUUGUUACGAAAAAGUCCUUGAAAUUUGCAUAAAAGGUCCUUUGCAACUUAGCCAUAGAAAGUAAAUUUUAUAAUGGAUAAAACAACAUUAAAAAUUCCACAAAUUUAUAGUGCACAAGUAAAAAACUUAAAAACAUCUUAUUUAUAGAGUUUUGAAAAGAGACAUGUUUUGACAUUUGCUUGAUUUCAUUGUUGAGACAAAAGUAAAAUAUUAUAUGGGACUUGGAGCAAACUUGUGUAUUAGAAUUUUCCUACUUUUGCAGACAAAAAUAUAUAGCAUAUGACAGUUACUAUGGAAAUGGUCUGGCAAAAAUACCAACCAAGUAAUAACUAAUCAGAAGGCUCUGACCUCAGGGCUACCUUGCCAUAUAAUAAUAUGAUAAAUUAUUUGAGUGCAGUGAGGUAAAAAUUGUCAGCUUACAUACUGCUACACUCUACUAUUAGUGCUUUAUAAACUUCCUAAGGUUAUUCUGAAAGAUCUGUUUACUGUAUGAUGUGAAUUAUUAUGUUGCAAAGUUUAUUUUUGAGGACAGACCAAUUGGUAUUUUGACCACAAGCAGUCACAUUUAGUAGAAGGGCCUCACAGAGUCUUGUCAUGGUAUUACCUCCAGGUGUCCCAGUUGUUGAAACAUUAUAUUCUUAACCUUUACUGGCAAAUUAAAGGGAAAUUGAAUUGUGAAAAAACUGUUUUAAUGGAAAUUGAUGAGGAUUGUGAGAAGCUUUAUUAUAGUGUUCUGUUUUGCAGAAGACCAAUGAGUAGUGGUCUCUUAGAACAUGUAAGAGAGAUUAUUUUAGGUAGCCAUGUUUUGUGGUAUGCAUUCAUGUUGCAUAUAUCAAAUGAAGCUGUAGUUAGGUUAACAUGGAUUAAUUAUCUUAUCUACUGAGAUUAUCUUUCAUCACUAGUUUUCUAUAACUACAAUCCUUAAGUCGUCUAUUUUCAUUUAGGAACCUAUGGAAGAUGAUCUCACGGAAUUCAAUCUUUUACAGAAAAGCAGUGGUAAGAGCUAAUCUGCAAGUAUAUUAUUACAAAUAUAAGUAGAACACUUGAGUGUGUAGAAUGCCUACAAUUGUGUGUGAGCCUAAAAUGAGUGUAACAGGCAGAAAAAGUUUGCUGGGUGGCCUCCUUGUUGUGAGUAUGCAAUUGGGCCAUUAAAGAUCACUGUCACAGGAUUUAUCAGAAAUGAAAGGCAGCCCUUUGCUAUUGACAUUCAUUGUGGAAAUAUUAAAAAAGUUGGUGCAUAAUUUAAAAAACAGAGCUUUCUCAUACAGAAACACAAAACACUCUCAAAAUUUAAUAUAUUAGAUGUUUUAGUUUUGUUGAAAAAUGCCAUGUCAUAGGGCCUAGUUUCCAGAGUCAUAAUGAAAUUCACCAACCUUAGUCUACUAAUAACAUGAGAGCAUUUGAAUGAGUUGUAAAGAAAAUUGCAAUGGAUUAUGGAUGUUAUGGAUUUUCCAUUAGUUUUUACAAAGAAAAGAUCUAGGAGGCAGAGGCUGCCAGCUGCAAGGGAAAGGAGUUCAUUAAGAAGUCUUAUUAAGUAAGUACAUAUGGCCCCUAUUUACACAUACUUUUAAGUAGUAGCUAAAAGCUGGAGCUGUAAGUUUUGUAACUGCUCAUUUUUUAUGCACAACAGUAGUUGUCCAAUACUGUUGCACUUUCACAGACAAUCAGUCGAGAUUGAUGGAGCACUGAUCACCUCACAUGCAAACUAUCAACUCUGCAUACUAUCCAUAUGCUGAACUCAUCAUGAGCUUGUAUAUGUAGGGUAUUAAGCAAAAGUAAUGCAAACAUCUUUCAACAUAUUAACCACCUCUAUAGGGCUUUUCCAUGAAGUUUGCUCAAAACCAAAUUUCAGUCGCAUCGUGGCAAAUAUUUUGAGGUUAUUUUUUUCCUUGAUCUGCUUGAACUCCAAGUUUGGCAAUAAUGUGCUAGGGAUAUUAAAUAGUUCCUUCAACUAUUUACUUCAAUGCCAUAUUUUUAAAAGGCAAACUACCUCAUGAUAAAACUUCUAUAUUUUCUAGCUGUGGUUUUCAUGGGUAACUCACUUUUAAUGUAACAUGUGCAUGUAAAGACAUAGUAAACAAAUACAUCUGCAACACAAUAUACUAAUGAUGGCAUGAGCUAUGCUGAAAAGUGUCUUUAAAAUGUAUUAUUGUUAGUUUGAAGUUUAUUUUGAUUCUAUUAUUAUCAUGAAGUUAUGAAAGUAUCAUUUAGUGUGUAUAUAUGUCAAUUUUGCAUUUUAAAUCUGUUACACUAAUAAUUGAUCAUUAUCACAAACACAUGAUUAUUAGUAAAUGUAAGUUUAUUGCAUUUGUGUUCUGUCUUUAUUUUUUGUCAUCUGGAUUAUGAGUCUCUGAUCACUUAUUUUUUUAGUUUCAUGAAGUCAGUUGUUGGAAAGGAUUUGACAAAAGUUACAAUGCCAGUUCAUUUCAAUGAGCCACUAUCAUUUCUACAGGUAAGAGUAUAAUGUUGUAAAUAAAUAUGCCUUAUCGACCAAGCAUGAGGGUAAAUCAAGUGGUUAUAUAGUGUUAGUCCAGGUUGAGAUGUCAUGGUCAUUCUCUGAUGAAACCUUUUGAACUACAUCCUCAUUGCAGCAUAAGAGAACAAUUUAUGAUUGAAAACAGUUCAAGUAACAAAGAUAUAACCUUUAAAGAAAGGAACCAAACAAAUAUGAAAAAAAUUAAAUACAUUUUGCUCUUUAAGCACUGUUUAACAAAGCCAAAGAACUUAAGAGGUGCUGCAAAGCAAAUGGUAAUGAAGUUUUGCAUUGGGUAUGGUUUGCAACUUUAUCACAGAGACAGCUGAUUCAUUAUUUUUUGUUGUCGUAACAUUAAGACAGUAUUUUCAAAACAAAAAGCAUCAAACAAAGAGAUUUUUUAAUGUCAAGGUCAAGUUUAUUCCUGAGAAGUCUUAAUUCCUAAUAACAUAUGCUCAGAUUUCAGUGUGAGAAUCCCUUCAAUUAAAGUUGCUGCUGAAAUACCAGUCAGAGGUCAUGGGUUUAACUCCCUUACAGGCCUCUGUGAAGUUUUUUUUCUUCUUUUUUUUAAGGCCUUAUUUUCACAUCUGCUUAAGUGGUUUCAUCACUGCAAAGAUCACUCUCAUAUUCAAUCAUUGUCAGUGAUAUACACAUUAGGAUUUCAAAGAUAAAAACUUAAAAGUAAAAGAUUCAUAAAAAUUCAUGAGACACCUGAAUUUGCAUUGCAUAUAAAAGCUGCUCAGCACAUUCAUCCUUUUCCUUUGUCUGAAAAAAUCAUAAGGAUUUAAUUUGGUGAUGAAUGAACAUACCACACCAAACCUCAUAUGAUGGCUGUUGUUCAAAUAGAAAACUUUUGUUUCUGUCCUCUUAGUCAAAUAAUGUACUUUUAAUAACAAGAAAAGAAGACUAGUACUUGUAAGACUGAGUACUGAGUUAGAUUUAUUCAGAUAUUAUGAAAACAAAGGACUAAUACCAGAAAUUGGAAAAUAUUUCCGUGCAUACCAUUAAAUAAAUCAGUCAAUUCAUCAUCUCCAUCAAACUAAGGAGGAAAAUGAAUAAGCAGCCAAAUUUGCUUAAUUUAAAGUUUCUUGCCUAGCUUAAUUCUCCUAAAGAAAGGGCUAGUCUUCAAGAACAAUAAAAUAUUAUUGCUGAAGAAGCAAGGAAAGAGAGGUAAACCUAUAAUGUGGAGUACUGGUAGGUUUAACAGGAGAAGAAUUGAUGACAUUACAUGCAAACAAAAUAAUGUACAAUUCAGAAUGGUUUACUUACCAUGGGAUGUUGUUGAGCACUUUAAAACACUGACAGAGGUAAUGUAAAGAACAUGAGCUAGGGAGAUGUAAGGUGACAGAGAACUGCAAGCAGAGUUGAGCACUUGAAGUUCAACAAAUGACAAACAAGAUUUACAUCAGGUUCAAUUUUCACUACACAAUAAAGAAAAUCUCAGUUCCUGUGGAUGAAUUAAGCACAGUACAGGGUGGAAGCUUGUUUGUGCUCUAUAGCAUGCUAUACAUGUACUUAUCUGUUUGUUCUCUGAUAUUUGUAUAUGUACUUCCCAAGAAUCACAUGCAUCUAUUUUGCAUGUCAUAAUUUCUAUGUACAUAUAACAGCCAGUAUUAUUAGACUAAUCAAAACUUUACCAGAAUUAUCAAACAUGAUUGGUUCUGACCAGCUAGAUAAGAACCCUAAUUAAACAUUGUAAGCUUACUGUGUGAGCUUAAUAAUAAUGAAAUAAAGAUAUUUCAUAGGUUGCCCACAUUACUAGAAUUAGGUGGUUUACACUUAGUUAGUUCAUGAAUUAAUGUGAUCUAAAAAACAUUUUUCCCUUCCAAUGUACAUGUACAACUAGUAAUAGGCAGUUAGAAUGGUUGAGUAAAAUCUUAAUUUUCAAUUUUUUUCUUGUCUGAUGGUUCACUUAUCAUUCCCAUAGAGACUGGCAGAAGAUUUAGAGUAUGCUGAUGUUCUAAACAGAGCCUCAUGUAAGUCAAGUUUAUUAUUUGGCACUUCUGCCGUAAGUUAAUGGUUUCCACACACAGUUUCUAUAAAAGUAAGCUAACAGAUGUGUUAAGAACUCACAUUGGUCUAAAUAUUUAACCAAUCAAUGCUUGCUAUGCAUUUGAAUGCCUGCAAGGGAAUAUAUAUUUGGGAUAGCAGCAACUUUUGGAAAGUGUAAGGAUUUUUGUUUUACAUGGUAGUUAUGGAUAGCCAUGGAAAUUCUCUUGAAUCCUCUUCCCAGAGCAUGUUGCUCUGCUGUGAUUGUGUGGUUUCAACUACUGUAACUAUAACAAGGGCAUUUUGAAGAUGAGUUCCCACAGCACUCUGCUGUUGCACAGCUCUCCUGUUGUUCCCUCAGCAGCCUUCCUUUUACCAUGACUGUGUUUAUGGACUGUUAGGGGAACCCAUUUUCACAAAAUGUGCUAAUCACAGCUCUGCAGUCUGUUUUUAGAGACUAAAACCAAACUUAUUACUGAAAGAUUGUCAAUUUUUUUUCAACUUCUAAGCACUUCAAAGAGGAUCUUAUAUCCUAUUUUAAGAUUUCUUUAAGAAUUCAGAGACCCAGAUGCACCACUAGUCACUGCUAAUUUGAAUUAAUGCAUGUUGAUCAUGUGCAACAACACUUUUUCUAUACUUUUUUCUUUUACUUUUACACUUUACUUUUUCAUAAAUGUUGAAGAUCAUUUGAUUUCAUUUAGGAGGACUUUGUGUUUCUCGUAGAUUCCAGAUUGAACUAUAUUUGAUAAAUGACCUCAGGAGAUCUGUCUAAAGAACAUGUUCCUUAGCAUGUGACAAAAAUCAUCUGAGCAGAUGUGUCUUUUUUUAAAUUGGGAGUGUUUUGUCAAACGCAAGUUACAGUUUCAUUUUUGAGAGUGUUUUCCAAAACUACUCUACUUUAUCUCAGAUUAUUUCAACCAACAAGAAGUUGUUUUCAUAGCAACAUUUGAUUAAUGUCAUGCAUUGUUCUCAAUAACAUUUGCAUUUUGCGACUGUUCAAGAUCAUUAGAAGCACUUAAUGCCGCUCAGAUUAAAGGCAAACUGGAAAAAAAUAGGAAAACCCACUUGAAUUUUUGACGAAAACUAAAUGCUAAUUAAACCACUUAAAAUUCGUAAACCAAAAUGAACAAUCUGAUGCGAUCCAGUCCAGUGCAAUCCAGAUUUUGUUAAUGCAGCAUUGUUCACAUUGCUGAAGGUCGUACUGGUUAUUGCAGGUCAUCUUAGAAAUCACUCAAGGUCAUAUCAGGUCAUUUUAGGUCACUUCAGAAAUCACUCAAGGUCAUUUUCUAGGUCAUUUUAGGCCAUUUUAGGUCAUUCCUUGUUUUAGAAUGCAGAAUGCAUUUUUGCACUAAAGGAAAGUCUCAAAAAAUGGAAUUGAAAUAAUAGAGGAAUGUUAUUUAUAAUUGAAAUAACACACAAAAUUGAAAGAAGUAUUUGGUAAUCAUUGUAGAAGCCCAGAAGGUAGAGGAACCAGUAGGCUUUUGAGCCAGCACCUUUUUAAUGUUACAAUAUAUACUAUUGUUAUCAUUAUUAUUAUUAUAGUUAAUAUUAUUAUUUGUUACCAUUUAAUUAUUGGUUGAAUGUCAAUCAAACAAUGUAUUAUUGAUAAAUUAUAAUAAACCAUCUCAUAAGUGGAAACUUAAUAGCCUUUCUUGGUAUACAACACUGUAGAUUUCAUUACAUAAAAACUACGAUUAAAAAAUAUUAAAAAUUGAAACAUUGAUUGUAGUGUACAAUGAUAUAUAUGCAACCUCACCAAUAGAUUUUUGGUUUUGUUUUCUUUUGUUUUUACAGUUUGCAAAAAUUCGUUGGUACAACUGGCUCAUGUGGCAGCCUUUGCCAGUUCAACAUAUUCUACAGUAUUGGGAAGGUAAACUCAGUUGUAGAUGUAGAACAUGUGAAACUUUUUGACACCUGCAACAGCAUAGUUUGCAUUUCACCAUUAAUCCUAAUCACAAAGCAUUUAAGCCAUUGUUCUCUUCAAAUGUUUAUUUUAUGCACACAAAACUCUUUGCAGAUGACCAUGUUGCUCUUUUUAGUGCAAAAUUGACUGCCUUUUGAAAUAUCAUGUAGUUAGGUGGGCACCAAGAAUUUUUAUGUUAUGGCAUUAUACAGUCAGACACACAUAACUGCAUACAUACAUAACUUUUAUUAUUGAUUCUCCUUAGCUAAGGUUUUCAGUGACAGUUAUCAAUAUUAUGAAAAUAUAGGCUAUAAUUUGCGAAACAAAAUGAAACAACAUGAAAAUCUGUACUUUGCAAAGUAGAAAUCUGUAAUUUGCAAAUAGAAAACUGUUAACAAAAAAAGUCGUAAUCAGGCAGGAACUUCAAGAUAAUCUAAGAGCGUGGGUCAAGUCCAUUUUCCCCGCAAACAUGAUAUUUUAUCUACAAACAUUUUCAUCAUUUCCACAUGUAUUUCAGGUCAGGAAAUUGUCAUGUCACCCAUUUGAAUUAUUUGUUGACAACACACUUUGAUUACACUUUAUAUACAUUAAUUACAGCCACAGUGCCAGCUAAUAUGUCAAAUUACCAUUGCUCUUUCUGGCUUAAUGACUUACCUCUUCUUUCACAUAGUCAAUGCAUUGAUUUAUUCAUGAACAUAGUGGAGAUUUUGCAAGUACACCUCACAAAUUUUUCAUUUCUCACUUUCACCAGUUCUUAUUAUUAUUUGGAAGGGUGCAUAUGCAAUCCACACUUGUGGUGAACCGACAGAUUCAUUCUUCCAGCCUAUGGAGUUUUCUGUAGGAAUUAUCGUUUUGCAAAUAACAGAUUUAUAUUUUGCAUAUUACAGAUUUCUAUUUGGCAAAUCAUUUACAGAUUUCUCUUUUGCAAAUUACAGAUUUCUAUUUCACAAAUCUUACUGAUUUUCAUUUUGUUUCCUUUUGCAAAUUACAGUAAUUAAGCCAAAACAUAAAGUUAAAGUAAUAAGCUACAAGUCUACAUAUGUAUAUUACAGAUUUCUCUUUUACAAAUUACAGAUUUCUAUUUCACCAAUCAUACUGAUUUUCAUUUUGUUUCCUUUUGCAAAUUAUAGUAAGCCAAAAUAUAAAGUUAAAUUAGAAGCUAUGAGUCUUCAUAUGAAUAUUUUAGGUAAAAAUUAAAGGAAGAUUACUAGCCAGUAGGUUAUUGAGUCUUUUCAUAGAGGUGGCCAUAUUUCCACAACAAAUGAGUUUGUUUAAGGGAUUUCAUUCCAGAUUUGUGCUCUUCAAAAUGCAAACAACAACUGACCUAUGGUUAGCCUGACUUUUGCAAGGCAUAGAUUCUUGUUUUGUCUGGAUGUUUUGCUGUGGAGUCCAAUUUGAUCAAAUCAAUGCCAUGCAGUUGUUAAAUAAACUUUUGACGAAUGCUUUCAGUGUUUUUCUGUUACAUUAGGCCACCUAAAGAGCUCCAGUUGUUAUGUACAAUUGUAAAUGUUUUAGUCCAAGGACUCCAAUUCUUGCUUUAGGCUUAGAAGAGAAGGUCUGGGUCCUAAAGCUUGGUCAAUAUGAAGAAGCCCCUUUUGCAGAUUUUGCCUUUUACAAAAUAAUUGAGUGGGAUAUUUUAACACAACUUUUGCCUUAGGGGGCAAGAUACAAAUUUGAACAAACAUCUUCCUAUUACCCAAUUUUGUUGGUCCGUGAUAAAAUCUACUUGUGUUAUUACAUUAUUCCAAAUUACACAUGAUAUCAUGCGAUUACCUAUACAAAUAUUGUAAUAUUUGAAAGAGUUUGGUACCUUCACACUCCCAGAAGUUUUUCACAACUGAUCAAAUGUUCAAUCAUCCCUCCUAACCCAUUAAGGUGAUUUUCAAGAUGGGAAUGUGAAGAUACAUGUAGAUUUACUAAUUAUUGAUGGAAGAACAAAAUUGUUGACUUUAUAUAUUUACCAGUAUACAAAUUCAUUUUAAAAAAAAGAACUCAACAUUGUGACUAUAAUUACAAAAGGCUGGGGAAGGGAAAUGCAUCAGAAAAUAUGAUUAUUUCAUAUAACAUUAGUAGAACAUGGUAGAAAAACGAUUCUAAAUAAUUUUUGUGACAGCUCUUACAUGCCACCAAUUAAUGUGACUAAUUAGUUAAUGUAGGUUAUGCAUAAGUAGUCAGUAGAUGUAGUAGCUCUUGGGAUUUGUAUUCUGGGGUGCUGAACAAACCUCAAGAUACUUGUAGCAAGGAAAAACUUUUCUUUCUGCCAAGGUAAAGUCUUAGAGUCCAAAACUGUUAUAUUUCAUCCUUGCUUGUAGGUUCUGGAAACCUUUCAACCCACUUCUAGGAGAAACAUUUGAAUUUGUUAACCCCACUGCUGGAUAUGCCCUAAUUGCAGAGCAGGUUAGUGGAUGACACAGUCUCGUGGUAUUUUGUUGUUAUCUGAAUUGAUAUUUAACCAAGUGGUUGUUCAUUAAUGAAUUGGUCCCGUAAUUUGUUCCUGUGACUUGUGGUAAAUGAGAGCUUGGAUCUUAAAAGAAAGAACAAUGAAAUUAACCUUUUCUCCACAAUCCAUGUUCUAAAGGAUAAAAAAAGGUUGACCUUUGUGAAUUCUUGCGUCCCCUUUUUUCCACUUUCAGUUGCUUUAAUGAAGUCAGUCUCCAUUAAGGUGUCUGUUUCUGACACAAAAUUAAAAAUCAUAUGAAUGACAUCUCUAUGUGCAAAAGGCCUGUGUGACUGCAUCACAGCGUUGGUGUAGGCUGGUGGAUAUAUUUUUAAAAUAUUUUUUCUGACACAGAAAAGGAAUUUUAUCCUAUGACCCCAACAUGGAUAUCUUACAAAGUAUUUUAUGGUAUGUUGAUGAAAACUGAAAACCAAAUGCUAAACCAAUUAUAAAAUGCGCAAACCGAAAUGAACAGGAUCACUGAAAAACUGUACUUUUGGCACAAAAACCAAAAAACCAAUCUAAAAAAAGCCAAAACCAAAAAUCCUAAUGCUCGCCUCCUGAUUGAAGAGUGAUACAUUCCUCUUGCUUGCCUUCAUCCAAGCUGGCACUACACAACACUCCUUGACACAGCCGUGAAAGUGACUACAUGGAGUUUUGUGGCAAAAAACUUUCAAAUGGGCCUGCUCUCCAUUAUGUCACACAGACUCUGUUUUGGUUUGUUAUGCAGCAUCUCUAAUUUUCAUUGAAAAUAUUGUAAUUUUUUCACAAAAAAUUACAAUAUUUUUAUUUUGGCUUGUCACACAAAAUUUCUAAUCUUAGUUGUCAUGAUCUGAUCCAUGAUCUGAUCCAUGAUCUGUGAUCUGGUCUGUGAUCCAGUCCGUGAUCCAGUCCGUGAUCCAGUCCGUGAUCCAGUCCGUGAUCCAGUCUGUGAUCCAAUCCAAUCCAAUCCAAAUUUUGUUGAUGCUAUGGUAUGUUCAAAUGAAACUGCACAUUGUGUCCAAGGAGUUGAGCUGCAAAUGACAUCUUCUGUUUUACUACAAAUUACUCUAGCUCACUAAGAAAUUACUUGCAUUGGAGGUUUAAUUUUUAUCACUUAGAAUUAUUUUCACUCAUAUAUGAACAACCUAAAUAUCAAAAUCGUCCAGAUAUCUAAAGCAAAAAAUUCAGAACAAAUUGCUAAUAUUAUCAGGCUCAGCACAUUGUAACAUAACUCGCAUUAGCCAAAAUGGGGGCUGUCUACUGUAGUUGUGUUUUGUGUGUAGUUUCCUGACUACUAACUUCUCACUAACCUUCCUCUUCAUGCUCCAUACACCUCUCCCAUCUUACAGACAAAGGUAUAAAUUAGAUAUAAAGCUGAACUCUCAAUUAAAAGUAGCUAGAAUGGAUUUUUUAUAUUCAAUCUCGUCUCCAUCUGUAAUGCCAUUAAUAGCUUAGGACAAAACACACUGUUCCUUUCAAAUAAAAUUUAAAAGAACCUUUUCCUUUGGCAUCCACACAUGUAGCAGUGAAAACCAGAGCUAUAAACAAACAAUGGUUGAAUUGACAAAUUUACAUUAAUUUACCUUACUUAGUCCAUCCAAAUUACUGUCAAGUCGCCAUAUGGUACAACUCGCCAACACCAACUCACUGACAUAUAAAAUUGAGUAGAGACGUUGGUGAGUUGGUCUUCAAUCCAGUACAAUUUAUUAGAAGUUAAAGGUAAAGAAAAGUAAAAGAUCUUUAGUUUAAAAAGAGACAUUUUUUCUUUCUUCUAACAAAGUUUAUAUGGAUCUCAUGGCGAAUAAAGCAAAUUAAACAUCGCCAAUGACUAUGAAAGCUUCAGACGCGAACGAGUUAUUGUGUGACAACAACAACAUAUAUAAAGACUCAUUAUGUCAAUCGGUAAGGUUUUUUUUAAGAAAACUUGACUUUCUCGACAAGAUCUUUUGAAAAAAAACAAUUCUUCUUAUUUCCAACAAAGUUUAUGAGGAUCUUAAGCAAGGUAAACAUCAUCAAUGACCAAAAAAACUUAGGAUGUGAACGAGUUAUUGUGUGACAACAACACCGUAAAGACUCAUCGUGUCAACUGGAUUCUAAAGAUCUUUUACUUUUCUAUAUCUUUAACUUCUAAUAAGUUGUACUGGAUUGAAGACCAACUCACCGACAUCUCUGCUCCAUUUUAUACGUCGGUGAGUCGAACCGUCGGUGACUUGACUGGAUACCGUCUAUCCAACUGCAAUGUACAUGAAACACAACAAAAGAAAAUACUACAUGGAAUGUCAGUGUCUUAAAAAAUAUUUAACAAUUUAAGACAAAAGGAUAAAAAAACACUUUAACUAAUGGUGAUCUUCAUUGCUGUGAAAGGAAAGGAAAAAAUAAAGUCAACACUUCAUAUUAUUUUUUUUUUAGAGGGCACGGUAACAAAUCCUACAAUCUGAUUGGUUCUUUACCCAGUCAGUAUUUUCCUAUCUCUGCCCAAGAGCCAUGGUAACGCUUCCGUGAGUUGCCAAGUACAUCCCAAUUUUUGUUGCCAUUUUUCAUAGAUACAUCUCAUUUUUCUUUCUGGGCAGUAUUUUUAAGCAAACAUGUCGGUCACUACCUCAAGCCAGUAAAUAAAUUAUGAAUCCUCUCUUUUCUCUCUCUCAAAUCACUUUGAUUGACAGAAAAAUAUUGGUUUCAGAAUGAAUUUGUAUAAGCAAUAGCGCCAUUAUGUUGGUUGACAAGCAGCCUAAAAACCGUCUGCAAUUAAUUUUAAUCGUUCACAAAAAGUACAUAGAAAGUUAAAACGUGAGGUAUUUGGUUACAGGUAAACUGAACAAUGGAAAUUUAAUUCAUCUAAUAUCUGAAUUUUCUCAGCAAAGUUUUAAUUUAAGUUCUACAACAAAUAUACGCUCUUGGUGAGUCUUUCCAAGUCCGUUCAAUUUGGACAUUUGUACUGUAAAUUGCACAAUAGAAACUGAAGGAAUUUAAUGAGAAAAGGCUGCAUUAAAUCCCUGUGUGUUUUGGUAGUGUGCCAUUCAAAUUUAGUUUUUGUGAAGGAAAGACCAGAUUUACACACGCCAUUGCAGCAAACAAAUGAACAAACUCUCACAACUUCAAAAUAAAAAAUUUUCAUUUACUCACAAUUACUUUCCUCGCCGUUUUAUUGAUGAACAGAGGUAAAUCUUUGUAAAUGAAUGAAUCAUCGAUGAGAGGGAAUAAUACUUUCUGUUAGAUCAUUGACUGUUUUUGAAGAAAAAAUUGUCAUGACAGUCCUUGCCAAACUAGUUCCAUUGUUUUUCAAAUGUUCUUGCUCUUUUUUUUCUUACAUGUUCCCUAAUUGACAGGUGUCAGAUUGUGACAGAUACUUGUAAAAAUAAUGUUUCAAAGUUUGUUUGGAAGACUUUUAAAUCACCGUUAUCGUUAGGGAAAUGAAAAUGUUUCGGUGAGGCAUCUCUCUUUAAUUUGCAUCACCUCUAUUUUAACUACCGUUUACUCACUCAUAAAUUGUUCAGUUUAUGGAAGAUCUUGCCGUAUUUACAGCCCUAAAUCAUUUGGGUUCUUUCAGAAAUAAUUUCGUCAAGUUAAAAAAAAUAUAUGUUAUUUACUGGCCAAGGGUUGGUCCGUAUGGUGAAAAAUCGUGACCUCAGUCUUGAAAUACUGCCCUUGGCCUAUGGCCUCGGGCAGUAUUUUCAAGACCUCUGUCACAGUUUUUCACCAUAUGGACCUCCCAGCUGGCAAAUAACAUAUGUCUCUUUCCUGAAAUAGAGUACCAAAUUAGUUUUUAUUUGGAAGACAAGUUAGUGUACUACCAUUAUGGUGGUUUUAUCUAAUUAGAUUCACUUUUGAAAUCUGUUUAUGCAUAGGUAUCACAUCAUCCUCCUAUCUCAGCCCUUCAUGCAGAAUCUGAUCACUGGAUUUUCUGGCAGGAAUAUAAACUUGAUACUAAAUUUAGGGGACAGGUAUUACACAUUAUUUCUCAAAUUUUUAGCCCACUUGUAAAAGUAACAGAAAUGAUAAGUAUUGGGGGCACAUAAACAAGAUCUCUAUGCUUAUACAAUGCCAGACAAUAGAAUAACCUAUGAACAUGGAAACAAUGGUGGCCAGUUGAAACCUGUAGGAAAAUAUACAUAUAUUUAUAUGUAUAUAUCAUUUGAAUUAUGUAUGUGACUUUGCAUAUUCAAAAUAAAUCAUAAAGUUCUAAUAUAAUUGUUAAUAAAAGAUACUUAUACAGUUGUGUUGGAAUAUAUCAUAUGGAUGACAUAUGCCUACCUUCAUAGUUUUUGAAGGUUAUUCCAACUGGAUUGUGUCACGUGAAGUUUAAAACAGAUGGUCAUCAUUUUACAUGGCAGAAGCCAAUCACAACAAUUCACAACAUCCUUGUUGGCAGUAUUUAUGUAGAUCAGGUGAGUUUGCUUGUUUACUUCAGAGUGAUUUGCCAAAGGCAAGGCAAUAUUGUGCACUAACGAAAGAAAUGGAGUCAUAUUCACAGAACAGAAAGUCCUGUUAUUACACUUUGAAAGCAAACUGAGUUCAUUACAUUUUAAUAUCCAUUAACAUGUGAAUAUCCAUUGACAUGUGAAUAUCCAUGUAUUGUCAGUGACAAACAGUGUUAACUAAUGGUUACAAUCUUGCUAAAGAAACCUUGAAAACUAGAUCCGAAGUGAUAAGUUGCUUUAGUCAGCUUACUACAAUUUUAGUGCAAAAGGAAAUUUAAUUUAAACAAAAUACAGUAAGCUGUUUAGUUAGCAAGACUGAGCUACAUGGAUAGAGCACAAAAGCAAACUAUAUAUCCCAAAAAAACUCUUAAAACAAGUAGUGACCAUGGCCAGUUUUCUGUGGUUUUAGCCUUUCCAAUGUUUCUGGGUCAUGUUGUUGACUUGGACAGGAAAAGUGUGUAAAAAUGGUCUGGGCUAAGCCAACUUGGUUCUUCAUUUCCAUGUUUUUCAAAAAAGCAUCAAUUAUAGUGUGAAGGCUCCUCAUCCAAUAAUGUCUAAGUUUAAAUAACAUAUAUUUGAUGAUUUUAGAUGUAUAAAAUUCAUAUAUUUGUACUGUGGUGAAGAAAUGACACUAAGAGAUCCUUGCAGCUAAGAACGCUACUGAAAUGAGUAGUUGAAAAUAGGACCUGAAAAAAAAAAUUCAGGCCCAUACAGGAUUUGAACCCAUGACCUCUGCAAUACUGGUGCAGCACUCUACCAACUGAGCUAACGAGCUAAUUGGGGGCUGGUCAAUGUGUUGGGUCCAAAUAAACCAUCCACAGGGACUAAAUGAAUGAUGAUAAUUUUAGUUAUUGUUAUUAUUUAAAUUUUUAGACACUCUUUAGUUUAUUUGCACUGCCAUUUAUCGACCUAACGUGACAAAUGAAAUUAUGUAUGUAUGUAUAUAAACCAUCCAAGUGAUGAAUGAUGAUUUUAGAUAUAUGAAAUUCAUAUAUUUGCACUGCAGUUAAGAAAUGAAAUUAAGAGAUCCUUGCAGAAUACUACUGAAAUGAUAUUUGUCAAAUAAAAUUAGUGCUAAGGAUAAUUACCUAAUUUUUAUCUACUGUAGGACCCAUUAUGAUUCAACAGUGAGAUUGAAUAUGCCCAUUGCUUCCUGUACUUUGUGAAACCUAACCAAACUAAACAAACCAUCUAUAUUCAUUUUUGAAAUAGCCUAUCAAAGUUAACUUUUACCGAGUUACUAGUGGCAUUGAAGAGUACCUUUUUCGAUUGAUGAUUAACUAUGCAACAAGCAUUUCAUAUUGGUUGACUAAGGGGGAAAAAAUAGUAGUACCGAAAACAAAGACCACAAAAAGCUGAGACCUAAGACCUAAGACCUAAGACCUGAAAUUGAAGACCAGAAAACAAAGACUUGAAAAUGAAUACCCCUUUAUUUUCUUUGUUUUUUAGGAUCUUGUUAUGUAGUUUCUCACUGGAAAUAUCUAGCUGCAGUUUUAAUCUUUUUAGUAGUACAGUAUGCAAUUAAACAGUGGUUUAAAAAAAAGAACCCAAAAACACAAACCCAAAAACAAACAACUGAAGAACUCAGACCUAAAACAAAGAUCCCCUUAUUUUCCUUAAUUUUGGAUAGUGAUGAAGGAUGUGAUCAAACUCAUCUGUCAUUUGCCCCCCACUUCUUGUGAACUAAGUGCCUUUAAGAAUUGUGUAAUUCGGAAUGCAGUUGGAGAAGAAAAACUCUCCAAAGCUUCCUUGGCUGAUGUGCUUUUUGAAGUGGAACUUACUGCAUUCAAACUUCAGAGUGUCCUGCAGCACAGAAGCCACCACAUGCUCUCUGCCUGUAAGCUUUGCCAACUAGAGUGGUGCAGACAUUACACAAGCGAUGAGAGGCAGGAAACCUUCCUUCACACAACACUGAAAAGACAAAAAAUUAUGCCGUUUGUCAUGUUAGACUGGCUGCUUUGAAGAGCAGCUAGACCAGCUUUUGUAUGAAAGAAGAACAAUGCUGUAAUGCCGACUGGCAUCAGCCAGGUCAAAAGUUUACAUCACCAGCUCUGAUCUUCAUUUAGAACAAGAACAGCUGGGGGCAGCAGUUAGAAAUGUCGAAAGGCAGUACUUUUUUUUAAAAAUAAAUGAGGAAAGCAACAAAGAGGAAAGUUAAAGAAAAUAAAGUGUACACCAGUGUAGCAUUUUAUGUAAUUGUUAGCAAUUUUGCUUUUGUUUAACUGAUAAAUAGUUAAACUGUUGCUAACAGAGAAGUUAUCAAGCUUUUCACGGUUUCUUUUUUUUUUGGUAUAAAGUGUGACCCGAACUUCUUGUCUCAAGAUCAUAAAGGAGUUGUUUUUAGGUCUCUGUUUUCUGGUUUUGGGUCUUAGUUUUCAGGGGUCUUCACUUGUGCUACAACCAGGAAAAAACUUGAUGGUACCUCAAACUCUUACAGAUAAAUAGAUUAAAGUGGCCUUUUAUUGGAUUUCAUAGGAAGGAGAUGUUGUGGUGACAAAUCACUCAACGCGAGAGCAGUGUAGACUACAUUUUCAACCUGUAAGGGAAGUCCAAGAGAGCUUCAAACAGCUUUCAGGUAUUGGUAUAGCACAAAGUAGAGCUGUAUCCUUAAAUGCAAACAUGUAGAGUUCGAGAAUUAAUGUGUCUUUACUGCCAUUUGGGGAAUUUCAAUGCUGCAUCGUGGUCAUGACUCUUGAACAAAAGGGAUACACAAGGGAUACAGGAUUGUAGAUAUGGUUCUAAUUUCUACACCUUAUUGUAGUAUCACAGUGUAGUAAAACAUCAGGGAAGGGUCGGUUCGGGUCAACCUGUUUCAAAGCUUGGGCUACAUGCAGUAGGUUACAAGACUGCUGCUGUGAAGUAAGUGAGGCACACUCAACUGAACUGUAUACAUAAAGGUAACUAUAACUAAUACACUUGAUGGAGAAUACAGAGGAUAGCAAGAAGUUCUGAUGACAUAACCUAAUUAUAACACAAACACAACCAGUAUGGAACGUACAUAAAUAUUGCUGAACUAAGGCAUAAUCUUACCCUAAAUAAAUGUGUUGCAAGAAUGUUGAGCAGGAAAGCAAAAAUGAGAUUUGCUAUCCCAUGCGACACAUUAUAAGAAUACUUUCAUGUUACUACAACAACAAAGGAUCCUAUAUCAAUCUUUUUUCAGAUUAUGCUUAGUCGUUGUUAUUGCACAUUGUUCUGUCUUGCUCUGUCAGGUUUUGUCACACUUUUCUACUACAGGAAAGUACUUAGCACAAUGAUCCCCUCACCUUUGUCAAAUGGAAUGAUGAAUGAUUUUGCCUCAUUUUUGUGGUGUCCCAUAAUGAUUGGGCAAUGAGAUUGAAUAUUCAGGUCAAAUAACCAACUUGUACUUUUCUAUAUUCCUAAAUAGAGCCAGAAUUGAUGAUAUGAAAGUGAUCUUUUUUCCAGUGGUAACACACCUACAACAAUGUUAGGGAUUCAAUAAAUACCAACUUUCUCUUAUUUAAAAAUGAAGUUCCGGGCUAAAUUAGCUACAUUUCCAAGAUAUUUUAUGACUGAAUCCCUUUUUUGUGGAAGGGGUUGCAUGAGUCAUAGAGCUGGUUCAGGGUGUGGAUCACAACAUGUUGGGUAUGAUGCUUGGAGGCACUAUAUCUGCUGCAUAUAUUAAGCUAUGGUGUGUUUCCCAGGGCUCCAAUUCAGGUCUUGUCCUCUUCCUUCUAUUCACUGGUGAUCUCCCUUUGAGCUGGGAGAAAAGAAAUGAUCUAUUUGUAGAUGAUGCCACAUUCUGUGUUAAAGCAGUGACUUGCACUAAUGUUUAGGUAAAACUGCAAUGAUAUCUCUCAAGUGUAAUGGAAUUUACCCACUGGAAAAGACAACCUAUGUACACAGUGAUGAAUGGCACUUAAUAAAAGUAGUCCAGCACUGAGGACUGGACACUGGCAGUUUUUGAAUGAUAAGCAGUUGAAGAGGAGGGUCUACUGAGUCUAUAUUUAUACCAAUCCCUUUUGUGGUCAGUUUGGUUAUCUAGAAAAAUUGCCCCUAUCAAACAAAAUCUUGGCUAAACUGCAUUGUGGAUCUUCUGAAUGAUCUUUUUAAGGUUCAAAACAAUGCCUGCAUAUUGUUUUAGAUGCUCAUUAUUUAGAUGCUCCCUGUCAAAUUUGUCCUCUGUUGUUAUUUCUUUACCUAGCCAUUUAUCGUAUCUGUUAUUUUAUUAUGACAAAAUCUUCAAUAGAUGAACACCAAAUUACCUCUAUGAGAAAUUGUUAUCUUCCAGUCUGCCACAUACCAACAAUAUGAAGCAACAUUUUUUAAUGAUGGUGUUUGAGAACACCUGUAUGAAAAGUUUCAGGGGUGAAUUCUACUUUUGUAACAUAAAGAAAUAAUGGAAAAGAUGCUUUGAUCCUGUUUUGUAUAAAUUGGCUGCAUGCAGAUAGUUUUAAAAUCAAUUAAGUUUUCUAAUAUGUUUUGAAUGAUUGCCCAGCAUAUAUUUCCAUUAGAUUCUGUUUGUAUUUAUUUUGUGCUUUCAGUGUUGAUAUUUGUUCCUUUGUUUUGUAUUCUUGUCAUUUGGAUUUUAAGGUCAUAAGGCCAUCACAGAAUAUGUACUUCUUUGUUAGAUUGACAUAACGGGUUAUGGUUGUUGCUGUUUAAGUUACCUCUUAAUGCUUUAUUUAGUCCAUCUAAGUUAAACAAUCUUUUUGGUAUUGUCUAGAGCAACCCCUGGCCACCUCAAACCUUUCUUCAGAAAUGUUUUCUUUCGGUUCACUGGCCAUAAUAUUUUUAUAACCUUCUGAAAAUGAGAAUAUCUGCUCAUUCACACUCAUCAGUGUUAGCACCGUUGCAUUGUAGGGGAGGUGCUAAAUUCGAAGGGUCAUGUCAAAUAUAACAUUGUGGGAGCAUGGGACCGUAGCCUUGAAUUGCAUUCUGUAGAUGGUAUGUUGACUUGUUUUUGCAAUUUAGUGUGUCAUUAAUAAAGAAUAAGACUGGCUGCUCUUUUUAUAAUCCAUCAGGUUAAAUCUCUGUGUUCAAGGUUAGAGCUAUACAGUAAUCUUAGGUUAUUGUUGCAUGCCCAUGCAGAAUAGUCCCUGUAAAAAAAUGCAUAUUUUGUGGUAAGAUUUGUGUUUUGAGUUGUUGAAUAUUUUGAUUGAUUACAUUAAAACUCUAAAGUAAUUGGGAUAGCAGAGAAACACAAAAGAGGUUAUUAAAUAGUAAAAUACCAAAAUGGAACAAGGAUGUAACUGACCAAUGAAGGCUGAGUUUUUUCUAGUGUUCAGAGCAUGAUGUAUGUUGAAGAUAAGUUCUUUUCAAUGACAUUGUAUUUCAAACAGAUUUCUAGAAACAUAGUUGUAUAAAUGGUUCCUUCUAGUAUAAAUAAGAUGCAUGUAUGAGUUUAAUAUAAAAAUGAAGUACAUCUGGACAAGAGCAAGCAAGUCCAUGAGCACUUUAUGGGUGACCUCUUCGGGUAGGAAUUGUAUAAAAGGGGUGGUAACAUAUACCAAGACUGGGUCUUCCAUGGAGCCUACAUGUCAACUCUGACCCUGGUUAACUUGGUAUUUUGUGGUUUUAUUGUAUUUUUCAGACACAGACAUGGAUCCCAUUGACCUAUGGACAGCAAAUACCAAACCUGAAGAUUCCUGGAGGUACAAUAAAGUUUUUGAUAUGCAGAGCACUGAACUAAGUUAUGAUAAGGGACUGUUAAUUAUUUAUCAGAGGUGUUACUGAGAAACUGAGUGGACUUGAAAUUUUCACAGGUCAAUAUUUGGGGGGGGGGCUCUUGGAGGUGUUUUGGGGAAGGAAAAUAAUUUACAAAGGUGUUUGUUCAAGUAGCAAAGCAAUGGUAAAACAAUGCCAUUAAAAAGUGUUUUCUGCCAAAGAAGAAUUGUAGUUAAAGUGUUAUUAUUUUCUAUAUGAUAAGAGACAAAUUUUAGGUGUGAAAAGUCAGUAAAAUGGACUAUCACAGUUCCAUGCAUAAUGUCCCAUAUUCUAAUAUGCCAUAUUCAAAAUAUCUGUUUUAACAAUUGUGGUGGUCAUUAGUCUUGUGAAUGAGUUAGUCAACCGUUAUUUGUGUCUUUAUAAAUAUAAGAACUUGCCAGGUUGUGAAAUUGUCCAAUUACACAGUAAGUUUCCAAGUGAUGUUGGUGAACACUCAAUUGAAGAAGCUGGAACUUUUGAUCGGUUAUACUGUUAUACUUGUUUCAAUAAAUAAUGAACUUGUAGCAAUUUGUUGGUUCAAUUGUUUUCAGAUAUUAUGGCUUCACACAGUUUUCAAUUCAAUUAAACGAUCCAGAAUAUGGUAUGUAUCAGGAGGAUGUACACUGUAGAUUGAAUUUGAAUCAAGGUUAGACUAUGGUUAAUUCAGAGAUACAUUGUAUAAAAAAUGCAGAAGUCAGAUAGUGAGGAACAUUUUUAUAAAAGGUAAUGAAGUAGUUUUUCGUAGCUCUGUUUGAAUGAGCUUUGGAAGUAAAUAUGAAAAUUUCUAUUGGCUACAUUUUGGGUCAUGUGUACUUAAGAGUGUGUCCAGGAGAGCACAUACCAUCUCACCGAUUUCAGUGAAACUUAGCUAGUUUAUAGGGUCUACCCCAAAACUCAAACAGACAAACUGGUUUCUGUUUUCUUUAUUUCUGGGGGGAGAUAGACCACCCCCUGUUUUUCUUGGCCUUCCCUGAGGAAAUCGCUUCAAAUUAGGUAAAAUGUAUGAAGCUCUUACUGUGAUGGUAUUCAACCGAUUACUUAAAGGGUUUUACAUACUUAUUGUUACAUCCUUAAUGAUUUUACGAUGCAAGUGUCAGUCAAUUUGAUCGAUGGCUUGUCGAUCAACAGAGGCAUAUAAAUGACUGUUUUAGAGUUUUCGAUUCCAUAAAUAUUCGAUUACUUUGAAGUCAAAUAUCUCCCCUUGUCAGAAAGCUCCAGCUCUAAUUUUAACUUCCCUUUAUAAUCCAUCACUUUGUCUCUGAAAACCAUCAAGAAAAUCUUUGGGUACUGCCGUAUUUUUGUCCAGGAUGCCUUUUAAAAUCUGUGGUUUUGACAAGCUUCUCUCAACUACACCUGCCACACAAUACUGGUUCUAAGCGCUCAUUUGAGCGAAUAAACCUACAUUUUAUUUAACAAUUGGCUCGCACGUCAUCGUGCGUUCAUCGAGAUAUGAAGCACGUGAGAAGUUUGGAGAGCACGAAAGAUGCGUAAGAGUUGUCUCGGCUACGCCUCGAGCAACUCUAGCUUCUUGAGUGCUCUCCAAACUUCCCAAGUGCUUCAUAUCUCGAUGAACGCACAGCUGACGUAUGAACCAAUUGUUUUAUAACAUUUUCAACCCGAUGGAAAAUUUUUUUUCUCGAGGGAUUUGUUUGCUGACGUCAUGAGCGUGCACAAUAGGAAUAUGAAGCACGCUCGCGCAAUUGAAUUUGAUUACACAAAUUUACAAGCUAUGUUAUAAAGCUCAUUAUACAAGAUGAUUGAUCAAGAAAGCUACAAAUGUGGGUAAAAGUGAAGAACAGUUCCCGAAAGAUACUGUCGGCCAACUGUCGCAAAUGUUAACAACUUUCAAGAUUUUUUUUAGGAGUGCAAAAUUUCAUGUUUGGAGAGAUGCAUGUAGGCGAAUAUAGCCUUCACAUGGCAGAAAACAUUGAUUAGUUUAUAGUUUGAUUAUUUAUUAUCAUUUCCCUCACGUUAGGAGAUUAUGAAGUCACAUGUAGCGUGUUGGCUGAUAAACCAGCUCACGUGUGCGACAACUUCGGCUUUACAGACGAGAAAUUCUGCCCUAUCAUUUGAGAUGGAAUAUCAACAGCUCCAUCAAAUUCAAGAACUGUGCUACUGUUCCGAAAAUAAAGCUAAAAUAGUGUUGUCGUUCUCAGUUACCGCCAUCAAAUAUUUCCAUGCUAAACUCCACCCAACUAACAUCUGUAGCGUGACCGGAAGACUUUUCGUAGGAAUCAUUCAAGCGCGUUGUUUCUGCUGUCUGCUGGAUAACAAUUUCAGAAUAUUCUCCAGAUAUCUAUGUGUAUUUGCCUUCUUUGAUCGUAAAAUAUCUGCUUUUUUUUUUUCAAGUAUUCUAUAACCAGAUGUAAAUCUAUAUCUCUCUCUAUCAAGUAUUGCGGCGUUGAAUUACGCGACUUAAGAAUGAGCCAGCAACAUUUUGACCAAUAGGCCUCCUGCCAAUUUCCCAAUUUUCCCAAUUUCCCGCUCCUUUUCUCACGCGCAUGAAAGGAUUUCAUGCCCGUGGCUGCUUAUAUCUUUUCUUGAGAUUUUCAAGCUCUCUGUUGCUGAUGUUGAGUUGGGCAUCUGAAAGGAUGAAGAUGUGUCAUUUCACAUUUCCUGAACCUGAUGUUUUUCUGUUAAUUGCGAGCUGAACUCGUUCUUUCGUAUUUACCAAUUUCAAUCCACUUCCAUGAAGAUCAUUGUCUCUCAUACUCCUGAGAUUGAUGAAGAGACUAAAUCUGUCUCCGGCAUAAAAGUCUGUUGCAUUCAUUGCGCUGUUUCUUUACCAAAUCUUCUGAAGACCUCUUCCCACAUAUCUUUUGUCUUCUUUCCUUGGCUGUAAACCUUAUUCGGAAUUCUACUCACAACCACAUUCACUUCAGUGAUGUCAAGUUUGAAUGUGUUCUCACUGUCUCUCGCACCAGCGACAUAUAGCUUGUAGAAUAGAGGAAGACCCUUCAUUGACCCCCACGGAACACUUAAGCUUUCAUUGAUUAUCAUGUCAGUCGCUUUCACGAUAAUGAUUGUCUUGAGAUGAAUGAGGUGCUGUUACGUAUAUGUAGUAAGAUCUCGUUCAUUAGGAAGUUCUUGACUGUGAAUUACUUCAGACUCAAGCUGGAUGUUUGUAAAUUCAUAGGCAAGCUGUGCGUUGUCAGAUCUUAUCCCAAAAUUGCUGGCAGGUGCUAGUCUGAGUUCAAAAACAAGCUCAUUAUAGAGAGCUUGUGGGAAGAAGACUCCCUGAUACUUCAGAAUCUCAUGAUCCAAUGGAAUCCUAUAUUUAUUCUCAUGAACAUCACUGAGCUUAUUCUCCUUGUCAACUCCUGAUUUCCUAUCUCCAGCAUUGCAUCUGAUCUUCGAAAGAUCAACAGACUAAAUAACUUCUCUGAGCAUGCUUGCUCUCUCAUUCUCAGUCGAGGAGAAGUUUUCAUAGAGCUUGAAGAGAUCGUAGCCAUUGGUGUCUUGCACGAUUUCUCCUACAAAUUUCACAGUCAACCUGUCAACAGGCGCUCGUGCGUCGUUGUUCACGAUAUAAUUGUUUGCAUGACCACUCCGUAUCCGUAUUCCGUAUCCAGGCACAAGGACAACUUCUUCAUCAAGGUUUGGAACUGGAACAUUGUGUUUCACAGAGAGAUGCCCUAUUGGGGUUAAGUGUCACUCUGUGAAUUACGCGAUCAGCCUUGAUGCGUUCUUUUUUCAAAAUUUUGCUUUUCUCACUGACUUCCAUUUAAUUAAUUAAUAAUUUAUUUCAAAUGGAUGAUUUUGAAGAUACUGAUCCUCUAUUGAAACAAUUUUCAAGCAUACCUUUUAUGUAAUAAUUCAACUCCAGCGCCAUCAGAUGAAGAAAUUCCAAUGACAACAAUGAACAGGGGAAAAGAGAAAGGGUCAAAAACCGCCGAAACAUCUUUCAUUGAAGGUGAUACUAACUUUGAAUUAGAAGGCAUGGGACUCCCUUACCAAAAUUAUCCUGAGGCAAAGGCUUUGGAACUCAAAGUUUCUUAUAGUAAAAGGGGACGGUGGCAGGUAAAGAUAUUUGGUCAGGGCAAGAGGACAUCCCUUGUAUGGUGAAGAAAGGUGUAAAAAAAAAAAAAAAGGUUGAAUCGAUCACUCCUGAAACAAUUUAAAACCUCACUUGGCCCGGAGCAAGAGAGAUUGAUUACACAGAAGGAUACAGAAAUUGAAGAGCUGCAGAAGUCUAUUCAGGAGGAUCGGGGGUUGCCGAGGAUGAGAAUGAAGACCAAGCUAUAAGAGAAAAGGUAAUAGAGCGGAAUGUUGCCCUUGAGAAUGAUAGAGAAGAACUUGAAGAAGGUACUUCACAGAGAGUGAGAGUAAGAAACAUCCUCAAGAAGUAUGGCUUCACAGUUUCAGCUGUUGUCCUGGCAGUUGGCACAACGAUCGGAGUUAUUAUUAGUUUAGUGACACAAAGCCUUCAGUCUGUUGCCAAAGGUCUUACUCUUGGAAGUCAGAUUGCGGGAAUUCUCCCAGGUCUCUUCCUUACAAGGGAUAUGUCCUUUUGCCUCAUGCUUCGUAUUCAGAGCUGUUAGAUCAGUGAUCAGCUUCCUCGGUCAAAAUGCAUGGCUUCUGAUAAUGGGAGUUGCUGUAGUUAUGGUCGAGUGAUUUCAGAGGAAGAAUCGAUGAAUCAAGAAGGCUGAGACCAUUCCAGUUGAAAUCAAUCCGACCUUCACCAUAUCAUGAUUUGUCUCUCUGUCGCUCAUGCUUCACUUUCCAUCUAACCUUGAUGGUGACUUCACCUGAACUUCAGUUGAAGUCUUGUUAAUUGAAUUUGACGGGUGAGAGGCCAGUCUGUUGAUCUUUUAUAAGCUCCCAUUAUGUGCCUUACUCCAACUGAUUUCGCCUCCAAAUUCACUGAUUUUGUCUGACUUUCUGAUUACAUCCUCAACCAAGAAGAGGAACUCACGUUGAGCUCCCUUACUGCUUCUUGAUGAACUCAAGAUUGAUCAUCUGACAUUUGCUUGUGCACCAAGAAUGCAAUAAACGAAUGCCUCAAUUGACUGAUUCAGUCUGACUUGUCUGCCAUGAAGAAGUCAAAUUGUCUCUCAACCCUACCGUUGUCAUUCGUUGUCAAGUAGAUCAGAUUGCCCGUGAUGGCUUUUCCACCGUCAUCGCCGAACUUGUUAUAACGACGAUAAGAGUUUGAAGUUGCUGAUGGUCCAAGAUUUGUGACAUAAACGAAAGCAGAUCAGAGACCGUGAUUAUCACAUUCUCUGAAGCGGAAGUCUGUAACUGGAAUUCUGCUCCUGAUAAAAUUCCAAAUUGUGCACAUAUUGGUUUGAACAAUGGCGUGUCACAAUUGACUCUGAAUUCCGCCCAUCUCAAAGAGAAUCCUUCCGGCGGUGAAGUAGAAGUGAAACGUCAGAAAUGACUUGAUCUGUUCUGGAACCUUGUCAAAUACCUCACAAGAUAUUCCGUAACCUGUCUUUGCGUACCAUACUGCGAAGUUGAGCUGUUGAGGCCAGUAGCUCAACGGAGGCAGAGGCAGAUUUGAAGACAAAGAGAGAGAAUGACCUCAUUGAUCCCAUUGUUGGAAAAAGAGAACCUGUUUUCAAGAUCAAUCAUUUCAAGCUGAUGGAAAUGGCAGGAGAAAAAAGCACACUUUACUCACCAAGAGAGAGCUGCAAGAAUCACUUGGCAUCAAGAAUGUUGAUAAUGAGAUCAGAUUAAAGCCAUACAUUUUCAUCAGACUCAGAAGCCAAACAAUUCACAUUCAGAACGUGGAAAGAAGCAAUGGAUUUCUUCAGAAUAAGUGGCAGUCGCCUCGCUGAAGGAAUCAAAAUAAGCGAUUAAUUAUUGACGCUACUGUGUACUGAUUUGAAAGACGCUGAAGCUUUUGUCUUGAAAAAUUGAUUUUUCAAACAUGAAAUUUUCAAAAAUCUAAUUUUUUUAUAUCUUAUAAAAAUGGAGUCGUUAAAACGACCAGAGUUCAUUGCAGUAGCAAAAAGACUCAGACUCAGAGGUUACAGCUGCUUAAGAAAGGUUGAAUUCAUCAAUCCCAUUUUCAAAUGGGUAAGAGGCCCAAGUCAUGCUGCGUGGAGCGAUGAUAGUGCUAUUUCGUUAACUUUGAUUUUACGCGAGAACGCUGGUCUGAAACUUUGACAUAACUGCUAUUGCAAGCUACAUGCUAAUUGCUUUAGCUUUCAAAAAAAUUCCAAAAUAAAAUCUACAGCAAGAAAACUAGUAAAUCAUAGUUAAGUAAUUGCUCACUUAACUGUGGUCUUUUUCUUAAAUACCUUCCUCCAGCUUGUGAUACUUAAAUAGCCUUCUUUUUUCACAGACGUUUCAUGCCACACCGACUGUCGAGUCAGAACAGAUAUUCGGCUCCUGGAAUGUGGAAAGGUUUGGUGAACAGGAAUUACAUUUUUGUCGCACUAUGAUUUAUAGGGAUUUUUACAGAUGAGCUUUGCGAAUUGUUUGAAAAGUUACCUGUUUGAAUAGUAUAGCCAUGGAAAACUCUACGUUCAAACUCCGAUCACGUAUUUACGAGCCAGCGUAUAAGCACUUUAAUGUCAAUGCUGUCCUUCAACUUUCACAAUAAUAAGUACAUUUACCUUGUGAGGUUAACAUAGUAAACUUUUCCCUUGAAGCUGACCGCUCUACACUAUCUCCUACCAUUUUUAAUGCUGUGUUACUAAAGAAUUUUUAUUACCCUUGUGUCUUCAAAGAUUGAUGCUUCCGCCAGCGAAAAGCAUCGCCUAGAGGAAAAGCAGAGAGGGGCUAGAAAGCAAAGGGACCUUGCUGGCCAGGCCUGGAUACCAAGGUAGUUUUAAUUAUUUAUUUUGACAGCUUCGUUGUUGUUUUGUUUUGUUUUGUUUUGUUUUGUUUUGUUUUGUUUUGUUUUGUUUUGUUUUGUUUUGUUUUGUUUUGUUUUGUUUUGUUUUGUUUUGUUUUGUUUUGUUUUGUUUUGUUUUGUUUUUUUUGUUUUGUUUUGUUUUUUUGUUUUGUUUUGUUUUGUUUUUUUGUUUUGUUUUGUUUUGUUUUUUGUUUUGUUUUUUGUUUUGUUUUGUUUUUGUCUUUGUUUUGUCCUUUUUCUCUUGUUUUGUUAUGAAUAGAAUUUAGGAACAACAGCAUUUGUUUUUUAUGGUCGAAUGUUAAAGUAACAUACAUGCAUGGACGAGUGAAAGAGCGGGAAAAAAUGCCUAAAUGUGAAAACGCAUGAAAACGUAGACAAUUGUACAAUUGUCGGUACGGUAUCAAUGCGCUUAUUGUUUUCCAAACUGAAAAAUGUAUUGCUUCCGUACAGAGCCUCACAUUAUCCGACAAUUGCUGGAAAUAACAACCCUCAACCCUGAAUCAAGACCUAUCAUGAAAACUGUCAUGGUAUAAUAGUCACUUUUCUUAAAAGUUCUUUCUUUGUGUUUAGAUGGUUUGUGUCUCUGGAAGAUGCGGAUUCUGGAACAUUCUGUUAUGUGUACAAAGGAGGUUACUGGAAAGCAAGGUUAAAGGGCCAAUUUGUGGACUCACCCUAUAUAUAUUGAAUAGGCUUUUUCGAUGAAAGCUACGUACGGCUUGUAUAUGGUGUUACGCUUUUUAGAUAUAUCUUGGAAAAUGUUCCAAUUUUUCUCUAGCUGUGGUUACAAUGCAUGGUUAAUACAAACCGAGCAUAACAGGAAUGAAUCUUAUCGUAUCGAAAUUUAUUUAUAACAUUAGAUGUAGAUUGAUAAUCAUGGUUUUUUAUUAAUUAUGUUGAUUCUCUAUCUUGCACAUGCCAAGAAAAAACAAGAAUCUUUUCGGCUUUGUUUUCGCUCGUAGAGGAAAACGUGAAGUUUGUACGUAUCCUCAGCCAAGAACUUGUUAGGUGCACUAGUAACUUAGAACAAAGAAAACAAGCAAGUCAAAAUGAUGAAGCCAAGAAAUAUGAUAGUGACUAAGCAAAGAAAACCAUUACAGGUUCUCAUAUCGAGGUAAACUACCAGAAAUAAAGAUAAUUAUACAAACUAAAAGAUAUCGUACAAGUACAUAUAGGUACAUAUAUUUACGUCUAAGUGUUUGAGAAAAAAUCACGACCCAUCACCAAAAGGUUGAAUUAAAAUUGUAACGCGGUUAAAAGGAAGACAGAGAUUGCUCGUUGACAUGAAAGGCUCUUCUCCUUUCUUAGGUGGACCAGUCACGUGAAUGACCUCUUUGUGUCUCGGAACCCC